CAGCCCAGGCCUGGAGAGCAUACUUCUGAAAGGCAGGCGGUGACGGGUGACGGCCUCCCGCAUCACUGAGACCCCAGCCCCUCACGCUCAUGGCGCCCCCAGCACGCGGGGACCACCUCUCGAGGGCGGGCAGGUUUCUUCUGGACUUGUAGGGCCCUGCCGCACUCCUGCCGCCAUGGCGCACGGUUUCGGAGUGGGCUUCGACGCACUGGGCCUAGGAGAACUUAGCUCCGGCUCGCUGAGCUCCCUCUCCUCCCGGGGCCAUCUGGGCAGCGACUCGGGCUCCGCAACGCGAUACCUGCUGAAGAAGCAGCAGCGGCUACUGAAUGGGCCCCCCCGCGGAAUCCGAGCCUCGUCGCCCAUGGGACGCGUCAUCCUCAUCAACUCCCCUAUCGAAGCCAAUAGUGAUGAGAGUGACAUCAUCCACGCAGUCCGGGUGGAGAAGAGUCCAGCAGGGAGGCUGGGAUUCAGUGUGCGGGGCGGCUCUGAGCAUGGCCUGGGCAUCUUCGUCAGCAAAGUGGAGGAGGGGAGCAGUGCAGAGCGAGCAGGCCUGUGCGUGGGGGACAAGAUCACAGAAGUAAACGGGCUGAGCCUGGAGAGCAGCACAAUGGGCAGCGCCGUGAAGGUUCUGACGGGCAGCAGCCACCUGCACAUGAUGGUUCGGCGCAUGGGCCGCGUGCCGGGCAUCAAGUUCUCCAAGGAGAAGACCACAUGGGUGGAUGUGGUGAAUCGGCGGCUGAUAGUGGAGAAGUGCAGCUCAACGCCGUCCAACAGCAGCUCAGAGGAUGGUGUGUGCCGCAUUGUUCACCUAUACACGACCUCCGAUGAUUUCUGCCUGGGAUUCAACAUCCGUGGGGGCAAGGAGUUUGGCCUGGGCAUCUACGUGUCCAAAGUGGACCAUGGUGGACUGGCUGAGGAGAAUGGUAUCAAGGUGGGGGACCAGGUUCUGGCGGCCAACGGUGUCAGGUUCGACGACAUCAGCCACAGCCAGGCCGUGGAGGUGUUGAAGGGCCAAACGCACAUCAUGCUGACCAUCAAGGAGACGGGCAGGUAUCCUGCCUACAAGGAGAUGGUUUCUGAAUACUGUUGGCUGGACCGAAUGAGCAAUGGGUUGCUGCAGCAGUUGUCCCAGGCCUCUGAGAGCAGCUCCAGCGUCUCUUCCUAUGCCUCCAGCGCCCCCUACAGCUCAGCCGAGGGCUCAGGCUCCCUGCCAUCGGACCACAAGGAUGUCUGCCUGGGGCCAGAGGAGCCGGCCAGCUGUGGGCCAGGCUGGGGACGGGCAGACACAGCCAUGCAGACAGACCCGGACAUGGGGAGCCUCGUGGAGACCUGGUGCAGCGUAAGGCCCACAGUCAUCCUCAGGGACACAGCCAUCCGAUCUGACGAUCCCCCCUCUGCCCGCCGCCUUGACUCUGUGCUCUCGGAGUCCCCCAAGACUGCUCUGCUGCUGGCCCUCAGCCGACCCCGGCCCCCCAUCACACGCUCCCAGAGCCACCUGACCUUGUGGGAGGAGAAGAAACAGCGGAAGAAGGCAAAAUUGGGGCUCUUUGAGGAGAAGGGUGCCCUGCAGCGCUCCAAGACACUGAUGAACCUGUUCUUCAAGGGUGGGCGGCAGGGGCGGCCAACAGGGGACAGGCACAGAGAGGCCUGGACACUGCAUGGAGGGAGCUUGGCAAAGCCCCGCCCUCGCCUGGACAUGGAGAAAGCAGGGGGAGUGGGGCCUGUGCAGAAGUUUGUCACCUGGAGAUUGAGACACGACCGGGAGAGAGGCCGGGCCCUGCUCUCUGCCAGAUCCGGGAGCCCCUCCAGCCAGCUGCCCAAUGUGGAUGAGCGGCUGCAGGCCUGGGAGAGCCGACGGCCCCUUAUUCAGGACCUGGCCCGGCGGCUGCUGACGGACGAUGAGGUGUUGGCAGUCACUCGUCACUGCUCUCGGUACGUGCAUGAGGGUGGCGUGGAAGACCUGGUGAGGCCCCUGCUGGCCAUUCUCGACAGACCCGAGAAGCUGCUGCUGCUGAGGGACAUCAGGAGUGUGGUGGCCCCCACAGACCUGGGCCGCUUUGACAGUAUGGUGAUGCCCGUGGAGUUGGAGGCUUUCGAGGCCCUGAAGAGCAGGACAGCGCGACCCCCUGCUUUGCGGCCAGCCCGGCAGGACACACCACCUAAGCGUCACCUCAUCACCCCUGUACCUGACAGCCGUGGAGGCUUCUACCUGCUGCCUGUGAAUGGCUUCUCAGAGGAAGAGAACCGGGAGCUGGGGGAGCAGCUGGGGAGCCUCAAGGUCUCUGUGGGUGCCUCUGCCUCCCGCUAUCCCCAUAAAGGGCUCCCCGCUCUCCAAGAUGUGCCAGUAGAUGCCUUUACCCCACAUCGAAGCUCCUGCACACCCCAUCCCCAGCCACCACCCGUGGCUCCGAGGCCCCCGCGGCCUAACUGGCUGCUGACAGAGCCCCCGGGCCGGGAGGACCCUCAGCAUAUCCAGAGUCAGGGCCUGACCCAGACCCGCAGCAGAAGCCACAGCCGGGGUCGAGGCAAGUCCCCUGGACGCAGGCGCUCCCCGUCUCCAGCACCUGUCCCCACCCCCAGCACAGCCAAUGCGCGCUACCACAAACCUCGGAAAGCCAGGCCUCCUUUGCCACGACCUCUGGACGGGCAGACAGCCAAGGCAGGGGACAGUCCAGGGGCUUCUGAGAAUGGAACUGGCAGAACUGAAGCCAAGGGGGUAGCCCCAAACUCCACCAGCGGGAAGCUGAGGACAGUUACCCUGUCCAAGAUGAAGCAAUCCUUGGGCAUCAGCAUUUCUGGGGGCAUUGAGUCCAAGGUGCAGCCCAUGGUGAAGAUAGAAAAGAUCUUCCCUGGGGGGGCUGCCUUCCUCAGCGGGGCCCUUCAGGCUGGCUUUAAGCUGGUGGCAGUGGAUGGAGAGAGCCUGGAGCAGGUGACCCACCAGCGAGCAGUAGACACCAUCCGUCGGGCUUAUCGAAACAAGGCUCAGGAGCCCAUGGAGCUUGUGGUCAGAGUCCCUGGGCCUGACUCACAAUCAGCCCCCACUGAUCAGCACCUUCCUGCUGACCCAUCCCCUGCCCACUGAUUCCUUGAUGAUUCUGGUCCUUCGCACUGGCUUCCAGAACCCAUCAGUAUCCAUAUCCCUCCCCCCACUGAUGUCCUUCUCAUCAACACCCACACCCCACCCAACUCCUGCUCUCUCUUAGAUUCCUGCUCCUAG